GUUGGUCCUAUAUAGGAGGACGUUGCAGUAGUGGGAAAAGGGAUUAUCGAAUAACAGAAUUACAAUCUUCCUUCCUCCUCUAUUCUUCUGCUUCUUCUUCCCCAAUUUCUCAUUCUCUUCUCAAGUUCUUUGUCCAACCAAUUCUCAUCUUCAUUUGCCGGAAAAUUGAUCCUCAUCCGACCUCGACCGUCGGAAUAAGCUACUCGAUCUCCGCUCAAAUUCGUGGCAGAACCCAAUGAAGGAACCCAGCACAGGGAAGCGUAAGGGACGCAGAACCAAGUAUUAUACCCCUAAGACGAAGCGAAGGCGGACAGGUACUGAUUAACUUUGUGCGGGCUGCUGCUAUGCAUACAUAUUUCUCUUCACAAACAAUUAUUUACUGUACUCUGUUCGAAUUGACUUGUUGGGUUUCAAGAGUCGUCUGCUGUAGUGCCUGUGAAAGUUCCGUUUACUUUGCCUCCGAAUCCCAGAAGACUGCAAAGUUCAACUUGCUUUGGGUACUUCAAUUAGCGAACGUUUUUUUUUUUUUUUUUGCAUGUUGAGUCACUGCGUCUGUGUUGGAUGUUGACAGUCAGUCUAGUGUUGGUUUGGAACCAACGUUGGACAUUGGCAAAAUGAGAGACUCACAACUAGUGGCGGCUGAUUCAAAUGUUAUACUGCAAGAUAGGGAGAUGCUUGAUGGUGUUGCACUUGCUCAAAAUGAACAACAUGAUGACCCUGAAGAUGAAACAGGACUAUCUGGUGCAGUGGCAAAGGCCGAGGGGAGGGUUUAUAAACUCUUGGAUGAGUUGACUGAGUUGCUGUCUCAAGAGAAUGAAGGCCUUGAUCGGGAUAAACUAGUUAGUUUGUUGAGUGAGAGAUUGCAGAUCAAGCCUUUAAACAUUUCAACCGCAGGAAACUUGGACAAGCCUAGGCGGGAGAUUGCAGUUUCUCUUACAGACCGAAUGGAUGGCCAUGAGAUGACCGGACACCCAACGAUCCGAAGCAGUGCUCCAGAAGAACACCCAGUCGAUUCUUGUGAUAAGUAUAAUGAGAACAAUGCACAGGAACCUCCGGCAGUCAUCAUGAAGGAGGAACCAAGCAGCAGUAAGGUAAAGAGACGGCAGCGCAGGGGAUGCAAGAUUUAUAGGCCUAAAUCCAAAGCAAAAGCAAAAACCCCUCUACUAAAUGAAAGAAAAAGCCGAGCAUACUCCCAAGGCCAAAGUAAAAGUUUUGCAGGUGCAGUUGGUUCGUCACAUCCUACAGAGGCAGGGUUGAUGUGCAGCACUAGGAUUAGGUCAAGACGCUUGGAGUUUAAGAAAUGAGAGAUUUCUGAAUGGAGGUACUCAGCGGAGAUACAUAUUGCAAGUUAGCACUAGAGUUGGUGCCUCCUUUUGCUUUCACUCAGCGGAGAUACAUAGUGCAAGUUAGCUUAGAUUUUCUGGUAUACUCCAUUUUAACUUGCUUUUCUGUUAUGUAAAUGCAAGCUUAGAAUUGUUUCUGUCGUGGUUGGCUGCAUAUAACUGUUUUCCAGCUUUGUUUCGUACAACAUCGUACAAAUUCAUACGGUUGUUUAUAGUCUUCGUACUCAUUGAGGCGUGCAGUGCAAGGUUUUUCCCGGUUAAAACCCUUCCUUCCCUUGAUAAUGAAGAUAUUGGGUGAUC